UGAUUUUGUCUCAAAUCGAUUUCCACUCUUUGAUAUUAAUAAGACAUUUUCAAAUGUUACUAUCUUAUUACUUUUUGAUGAUAUCAAACCUUUUGAAAGUGUUUUCUUUGAACGUGUUGCUCAGACUUUACCUCGACUUCGAACACUCGAGAUAAUUAAUCAACUUGAACAACAAGAAAAAACGACAGUGAAGAAAAUUAGCAUUGACUUUGCUCAUUUAGCUGUACUAAUUUUAUAUGAUAUUCAUAUGGAUUAUGCUCAACAAUUUCUUUGUCAAAUUCGUCUUCCUUCUCUAAUCGAACUCGCUAUUAAUAAGGAUAUUUUAUUGACAAUAAUCGAUGAAAAUCAACAACAAGCAAGAGACAAUUGUUCUAGAGUAGGAACAAUACGAACAUCCAAACCAUCGUAUGAAUCAAUAGAUAUUAUUGAAAACUUUUUCCCACUAGCUUACUAUGUCAAGCAUUCAAAUGAGGGAAAACAAUAA